ACCAUGGUAGUUUGUGCUACAGAUCUCUUGGCUCUGACCAUUCUUCGUCCUCCUGGGGAAUUAGGUGUGGAUAUUGCAGUGGGGACAUCUCAAAGGCUUGGUGUUCCCUUAGGGUAUGGAGGGCCUCAUGCUGGUUUCUUUGCUUGCAAGACUCCCCUUGUGCGGCUGAUGCCUGGUAGGAUGAUAGGAGUCACAAGGGAUGCUAAUGGCAAAGAGGCAUAUCGAUUGGCCUUGCAGACGAGAGAGCAGCAUAUCCGCCGUGACAAGGCAACCAGUAAUAUCUGCACUGCACAGGCAUUGCUUGCAAACAUGUCUGCAAUGUAUGGAGUUUAUCAUGGAGCAGAAGGGCUCAAGAACAUUGCAAAUCGCAUCCACAAUGCUGCCAUAAUUUUAGCAAGAGGACUUGCAGACUCGGGACACAUCAUUGAAAACGAAUUCUUCUUUGACACAAUUAAGGUUAAUGCAACACUGGCUAUGAGCGAGGUGAGAAUGAGAGCUCAGCAGAAAGAAAUCAAUCUCCGUUACUACAGAGAUGAAACAGUUGGUAUUGCCUUGGAUGAGACUGUGGAAAAAAAUGAUCUUGAUGACCUGUUUUGGGUGUUCAACUGUAAACAUACAACUGCAGAGAAGGUUGCGAAGAAUCUUGAUGGUGUGGUACUUCCCAAGGAGCACAUAUCUAACACAGCUUUCGCUAGGACUUCAGAAUUUCUCACACAUCCAAUAUUCAAUACACACCGUUCCGAGGCCCAGCUGGUCCGAUACAUGAAGAUCUUGGAGAACAAGGAUGUUUCUCUUGUGCAUUCCAUGAUUCCUCUGGGUUCUUGCACAAUGAAAUUAAACAGCACCACAGAGAUGAUGCCAUGCAGUUUCCCACACUUCACGGAGAUCCAUCCAUUUGCACCGCCAGAACAAGCCCUUGGCUAUCGCCUCAUGUUUGAAGAGCUAGAGCAUGAUUUGUGUGAAAUUACUGGCUAUGACAAGAUUUCAUUCCAGCCUAACAGUGGUGCACAAGGAGAGUAUGCUGGACUUCGAGCCAUCAUGUCAUACCUAGAUGCUAGAGGAGAAGGUCACCGAAAUGUUUGUCUGAUUCCCACUUCUGCCCACGGCACUAAUCCUGCCUCUGCCCAGAUGGCAGGAAUGAAGGUUGAGGCGGUCAAUGUGAAUAAGGAAGGAUCAAUUGAUUAUAGCCAUCUUUGUACUAAGCUCGAGAAACAUCGGAAAAAUUUAGCUUGUCUGAUGAUCACUUAUCCAUCUACAAAUGGUGUGUUUGAGGACAAUGUGAAGGAUGUGUGUGAAAUGGUUCAUGAAGCUGGUGGUCAGGUAUAUCUAGAUGGUGCCAAUAUGAAUGCUCAAGUUGGUUUGUGUCGUCCUGGGGACAUUGGUUCCGACGUCUCCCAUCUGAACUUGCACAAGACUUUCUGCAUCCCUCAUGGUGGUGGAGGUCCAGGCAUGGGCCCUAUUGGAGUUAAGCGCCAUCUGGAGCCAUACCUGCCAAGCCAUCCAAUUGUUGAUCCUAUGGCACUGAUGCAGAAGAGAGCUCGUAGCUUUGGUGUGGUUUCUGCUGCACCUUAUGGCUCUGCUGCAAUCCUUCCCAUCUCUUGGGCAUAUGUUAAGAUGAUGGGCCCUAAGGGAUUAAGAGAAGCUACCCAAGUUGCCAUAUUAAAUGCUAAUUACAUGGCGAAACGUCUCGAAAAAUACUAUAAGGUAUUGUAUCGUGGCAAUAAGGGCUUGGUGGCUCAUGAAUUCAUCCUAGACAUGCGUGAAUUUAAGAAGACUGCAGGCAUCGAGGCCACAGAUGUUGCCAAACGUCUUCAGGACUAUGGAUUCCAUGCACCUACUAUGUCAUGGCCAGUUGCUGGAAGUCUGAUGGUGGAACCAACAGAAUCUGAGGACAAGGCAGAACUUGAUCGAUUUUGUGAUGCUAUGAUCUUAAUUAGAGAGGAGAUAAGAGAUCUGGAGGAAGGUAAGAGUGACCCAGAAUGCAAUCCACUCAACAUGGCACCUCAUCCAAUAAUUACUGUGACAUCUUCCAACUGGAACAGGCCAUAUACACGAGAACAAGCAGCUUUUCCCGCUCCAUUUGUGCGACCAGAGACAAAGUGGUGGCCAACAGUCGGUCGCAUUGAUGAUAUAUAUGGUGAUCGCAAUCUUGUCUGUACCUGUCCUCCAAUGGAUGUUUACACUUCACCAUUUGAAGGUUCAUCCUAACACUUCUAUGGAAGAAAGCUUAAAUUGUAGUAAAAACCAGUCUAAUAGUUGAUGUUGUGUCGGAAUACAGUGACUAUAUUGAUGUCAGGUAUGUAGCACAGCUUGCUUCAUGAUCUGCAUGCUCAUUUUAUUCUCUUGUACAAGACAGAACUGGCUUAGCAGUAGAGUUGUAGAUGAGUGGAAUGGGUAGGUGAGAGUUGAACCUUUCUAGCAUGACCAGCAUGCUUACUGCAGUGCUCAUGUAUUAUGUUCUUCAGUACAGGGAUUAGUUCUUGGAUUUCUGCCUUUCAGAAAUAUUACCCAUGAGUAAAUCAAUCAUCUUUUUGCCAAGAAAACAGUUUGGGCUUAAAACCUCAACCUAUACUUAUAGUUAAUUGAUAGAAUGUUUAUACAGAAUAAUGCCAAGCCCCUGAGCUUAGGACUUUCUUCCUCCUUGUUGGGAAUGCUGCCAUGCAUGACAAUGGAAUAAAUAAUAUGCCUAUUCAAAAUUUUGUUUUAUCUUCUGAACACUUUACUAGCAAGAAUUAUACAGUAAAAUAUGCUGGAAGAUUCAGAAAUAUAUUCCAUGUUUUUUUUUUUUUUUAUCUUUUAGGCAAUAUUUCAUAACUAAAUAGGCAUAGCACCCAACAUCAUUAACAAAGGUCUUGAGCUUGGAUGAUUUUACUUUUAUUAUGCCAAUGUUUAGAUGCUUUCCUUGUUUUUCUGGAUUUUUUAUUCAGUAGUUUUUGGAUAUGAAGUAGCUAUAUUUGUUGAAAGAUUUUUUCCCUUUAAUGAAGUACAAUCUCCUAUGGAAUCCAUAGAUGGCUUUUCUGUGAUAAAAAUAAAACAAUUAAGUCCUGCCAUAUCACUGACAAAACUGUACCUGGUAGUUCAGUUUUGUAUUAUCUUUAAAGCCAGUAUAUAGUUUGAUCCUUUUUACUAUUCUUAAGAGCAAGGAAAAGUUCUGCCUGAGGUUUGGAAUCUGGUACAAAGUAGUAUCCAUCUUGUUUUGAUCAGUGGAAGUGGUGUAUAAAUGUUAAUAUACUGUACUAGGAAAAUGCAGGCAUGGUGCACUUUGAGUAGGACACAUAUGCAGCAUUUAGGAAACUGUAUUGCUGAAAUGAUUUUGUGCAGCAGGUUUCUUCAAAUAGAGGUGAUUGUUAUGCUGGAAGAAAUGGAAACAUAAUUUUAUGGUGUUCAGGCUCUUAGCUUUUGAGUUGAAAGCUAUUCAGUCACUUAACAUAAAGUAUAACGUAAAGUAGAAGCAUGAAAAUGAAGACCUGCAUAUGGAACCAAAGGUGAGGGGACAGCAGUUGGAGAUGGCAUCACAGAAGGGUGGGGCUCAAUUUCUCUCAAUCAUAUUUAUCCAAAGUAUCAUGAAAUGCUAGUCCAACUUAUAGGCAUUACCUACGUCCACUGGUGGGCCCCACCCACCCAUGAUGCCAUCUCCAAUUGCUGCCCCUCAUCUCUGGCACCAAUUAAUUCAAGGUUAAAGGACCGAACACCUUAAAAUUACAUCUCUGCUGCCUCCAGUAGGAAAAUCACCUCAGUAUUCAACUGAAGAGGCCUGCUGUGCAGGCAAAACAUUUUGGCAAUUAAGAUACCCAAGUGUUAUUACACGUCUUAUUUAUCAGCUUAUCAAUAUUGUAUAUCAUUAAUGGUAGAUUAAGAUAAUACAAGGCUAAGAGUGCACUGCUGAUAGAAAGGUUAUUGUUCAAGGAUGAGUGUACAGUCAUUGAUUGGCACAUAUUUGUAUUGUAUAUGACUUGUGUACACAGGUUAUGAGAGGUGCUGUGGCAAAAAAAAAAAAAAAUCAUGGGGCUCAAGAGCCUCAUAAGAAAGUAUGGUAACUUGAGUUUCAUAGCCUCAAUCUCCUCCACGUCUGUGUUUUUUGGCAUAGUUUGAGUUUGGUGCUUAUUCUUUUCUGCCACACACCAUGUCAUAUUUUAUGUAAUUCACAGUUUUAAGUCUAGAAAUGGUAGGCACUCUGAGCUCAUAUACCAAACUUUUGAUAAAUUAAAUAAUCAUGAGGUGGUUACAUAUAAUUUUUCCAAAGUGUAUGUGUGAAGAAUUAAGGUCAGGUAAUUAAAGAAUAUCUAUAUAAUGUGAAGAUUUCAUUUUCAGUACAUUGUACAGUUUUCUUAAAGUUAGCUGCAGCUACAGUCUAGAUUUGAAUAAUAGGUUUUUUUAUAAAGUUCUAGCAAUAAAGUUCAAUUUAUGAUGGCUGUUGUGAUGUGAUGACUGACACUCUUAUAUACUGUAUUGAAAGUAAUCUGGUGUAGGUCAUUUUCCCUAAUGACAAAUUUUCAUUGCAAGCUUCAUUCUCUGUCAGAUAUGCCUGUCUGAACAAAGGAUAGUACACUUCUCCCUAUUCCAACAAUAUUAUCAUGGUAGUAUCAUAUAUGCACCAGCUGUAUGUAUACAAAUAUAAAGAGCAUUACUUAAA